UUCUUGCCGAUAUUUUGUUACAAAUUGAAAAUAAGCGAAGACUCCAAAACCAUUUUCGUGUUGCUUCAUUCGUGUUUGCUAAUCACACACUCCCCGCGCGCCAAUUAUCGAAUCCAUCGCCAAUCCUUUGUCCCCAUCUCUCUCUUCUCUCCUCUUCUCUGAAACCAUCAAAUGGACCAAAACCAAAACCCUAACUGAACCCAACCACACACAGAGACCCACACACGCUUCAUCCUUCAAACAAUGUCAUUCACUUGUCAUCAGCUAUUCAUAAAUUCACCUCCUCGUUUCACCCUUUACAUCACCACCUCUCUUCCCAAAACCCCCGCCCUUCUCUCUCUCCCAAUCACCUCUCGCCCACAUUUCCCAAUCUCAAACCACAGCCUUCCAAACCCUCACAAUUCAACCUCCCUCAGCUCCCAUCACUCUCGUCUCAGAGUAUACGAAUCCGAUGGCACUCUACGGUCAAACGACGUCGUCAACGGUGCUUUCAAUUUGGACUAUUUUCUUUCGGUUGCCGAGUUGUUGUGCCUUGCGUCGUCGGCACUCGUUUCGGUUGGUUUUGCAUUGAAUUGCGCGGUUUUGAGCUUAAAGAAGACGGCUUUAGUGGCAAUGGGGAACAGCGUUUUGGCGUCUGGGGCUGUGGCUUUGGUAAUGGCGGUCGGAAUUGGGGCGUGGAUUCGGAUGCGGCAGUGGAGGCGGAUAUGUAGGGAGUCAGUGAAGGGUGGGCUGGAGGUGAAUUUGUUUGAGAGAAUUGAGAAGCUGGAGGAAGAUUUGAGGAGCUCGGCCACAAUCAUUCGGGUUUUGUCGAGGCAGCUUGAGAAGUUGGGGAUAAGGUUUCGGGUUACCCGCAACGCUUUGAAGGAGCCCAUUGCUGAGGUAACAUUCUUUUUCCGGUAAUUGAUUAGUUUGCUAUGGUGGUUUUCUGUUUGUUGUAGUGCACAUGAUUUUUCAAAGAACUACCUUAUGAUAAAAUACUUGGACUGGUUUUUGAGCAUUGGCCUCUUUAAUUGGAAA